GCCUAUAUCCUUUGUGAGUGAGAAGAGAUCAGAGAAAUGGCUUACAAUCUUCAACCCCUCAUCACCAUCCUACAACAAAUCUUGAAUCCUCAACAAUCGCACUGGAUUGUUGAUCACAACAAACCGCAACUCGAAUCCCUCCUCGGAAAAGCUGCUUCUCUGCAGCAGAUUCUUGAAAAAUCUUCACCCUCCAAAAUUAUAGAGAAUUUGGAAAGUCAAAUCCAAGAAGCAGCACAUAGAGCUGAAGACAUCAUUGAAUCUCAGAUGGUUGCUCAAAUGCUUUCCAGCCCUGAAGGCGUGAGAUUUACUUUUUCAACACCAGAUCUACAACAAGUAAUUCAACAACUUGAUUCCGUAAUGGAACAAGUGGUGAAGCUCGUGGAGGGGAAGACGAUGCCGAGUGGCAGUUCACCGAGUGGCGCUUCUCUGUUGCAAGAUCCGAGUUCUAAGAGCGUCGUGGUGGGAGUUGAUGAAGAUCUGAUGCAGUUGAAGGAUCGGCUGAUCGGGAUGCAGAGCAAGCUGGAGAUCCUGCCCAUCGUGGGUAUGGGUGGUAUAGCCAUGAAGAGGUCUGCACCUACUCAGCAAGUGGAGAUUUCAUCAGACGACUCGUCUUCCUCUGAAGCGGAAAAUGAUGAUUCACGGAGCCAGAAGCCAAAUGAUGAACCUGCCCUAGAAUUAUCUGCUGAAGCAUGGUUGUUCAGAAGAGCAGCAAGCUACCAAGAAUACAUGAAGUCGAUCCCGAUACCUACUAACCGGGGCGCUGUUAUUCCCUACACGUCGUGGACCGGACUUGGAGCCUCUAUGAAGCAGAUGUACGAGCAGCCUCUGCACUACCUCACCAACAUUCACUUGCAGCGGAUGGACCGGGAGAGGCUUGGAGCAGAGGACGAGUACGUCCCACUCGACUUGAUCAUCCAUCCUUCUAAAGCCGAGGUGACCAUCUGGCUCAUUGAAGAGAUACACCGACGAACCUCGUCUCCGCAUCACCUCGCUCAGCUCUGGGCAGCUGACCCUAUGUAUCAUGCUUUUAUAGACGCCAUUUUCCCAAAGCUUGGAUCUUGAAUUUUAGUUUGGGAUAAUUUGUAGCUUUGAUUUCAAGAUGUUUGAUGAAAGUUCUGUAUUAUGUUUUUUACCAGUAAUCACGGCAAGAACACAAGCCUUGCUGGAAAAAGUGGAAUCUCUUGUUAUCUCUAA